UACUGGAGGCAAAUUGUGCUUGUGUUCUGCUCAGCCAGUGCGCUACCCGAAAAUUUCCACAACACAAGCCUUGCAGGAGAGCGGCACAAGAACGGCCGCUAUACGUGCAGUGAUGCAGCACCCUACACCAAAGAAACCCUGAUCGCACCGCAGGACACGACCAGCUGUCGGAUUCCUGGAUGGAAAACAGUGAUGUUGCAUGACAUGCCUCGAAAUAAAUUCUGAAUGAUUGAAGACUGCAGGCGGAGCAGUGACAACAUGGCAGAUAGAAGGCAACUGUUUGUCGAGAUGAGGGCUCAAGAUUUGGAUUCCAUACGAUUAUCGACAUACAGAACAGCCUGUAAACUGAGAUUCGUGCAGAAGAAAUGUAACUUGCAUUUGGUUGACAUUUGGAAUGUGAUUGAGGCUUUCCGAGAGAAUGGCCUCAAUGCCAUGGACCUCAACGCUGAGCUCACUGUGGCUCGGCUGGAAGUGGUACUGUCCACCAUCUUCUACCAGCUGAACAAGCGUAUGCCCACCACCCAUCAGAUCAAUGUGGACCAGUGCAUCAGCCUGCUACUCAACUUCCUGCUGGCAGCCUAUGACCCGGAGGGCCAUGGCAAGAUAUCUGUCUUUGUUGUGAAGAUGACCCUAGCAACCAUCUGUGGAGGGAAAAUUCUGGACAAAUUAAGAUAUAUUUUUUCACAGAUAUCUGACUCUGCUGGAAUAAUGGUGUACUCACAGUUUGACCAGUUUCUGAGGGAGGUUCUUAAAUUACCCAUGGCUGUUUUUGAGGGGCCGUCUUUCGGUUACUCCGAACAAGCUGCAAGAACCUGCUUUCCACAGCAGAAAAAGGUCUCUCUCAACACAUUCCUCGAUACGUUGAUGUCAGACCCGCCCCCUCAGUGUCUGGUGUGGUUGCCACUCAUGCAUCGGCUCGCCAAUGUGGAGAACGUCUUUCACCCGGUCGAGUGCUCCUACUGCCAUACUGAGAGUAUGAUGGGCUUCCGCUACCGCUGCCAGCAAUGUCAUAAUUACCAGCUCUGUCAGGACUGCUUCUGGAGGGGGCAUGCCAGCGGUUCCCAUAGCAACCAGCACCAAAUGAAGGAGUAUACGUCAUGGAAAUCCCCUGCUAAGAAGUUAUCCCAUGCCCUCAGUAAGUCACUGAGCUGUGCAUCCAGCAGAGAACCUCUUCACCCCAUGUUUCCUGAAAUGCCAGACAAACCUCUCAACCUAGCUCAUAUUGUAGAUACAUGGCCACCAAGACCAGUGAAUAUCACCAAUGAAUACUCAUUCUCCCACUCCAUGCCUACAUCAGGGAACCCUUACUCCACCAAAAAGUUACACUACAACCUCGAUGUUGCUGAUAGACUUGCUGACGAACAUGUUCUGAUUGGCCUCUAUGUGAACCUACUCCAAAACAACCCCAAAACAUGUUUGCUGGAGAGCAGUAACCAUCAAGACGAAGAGCAUAGUCUCAUCGCCCGUUAUGCUGCUAGACUGGCUGCUGAUGCUGCGGCUCAACAGCAGAGGGUCCCCACAGACCUCCCCUGCUCUCUGGAUGCCAACAAACAGCAGAGGCAGCUCAUUGCUGAGCUCGAGAGCAAAAACAGAGAAAUCCUGCAGGAAAUCCAGCGGCUACGUCUUCAGCAUGAGGAGGCGUCCCAGCCACCGCCUGACCGGGGUCAGCAGAACCCCACUCUGCUGGCUGAGCUGCGACUUCUCAGGCAACGCAAAGAUGAGCUUGAACAAAGAAUGUCUACUCUGCAGGAGAGUCGCAGGGAACUCAUGGUGCAGCUGGAGCAACUAAUGAUGCUUCUCAAGCAGGAAGAGGAAAGGAAACAAGCUACUCAGGGUCCCGGCUCUCCACGCUCUUCUCCCAGCCACACCAUCAGCCGGCCAAUCCCCACACCAAUCCACUCGGACUCUGCCGGCACGACCCCUACUCACACACCUCAGGACUCACUCAUGGGCGUGGGAGGGGAUGUUCAGGAGGCCUUUGCUCAGGGUCCAAGGAGAAAUUUGAGAAAUGACUUACUCAUUGCUGCUGACUCCAUCACCAACACAAUGUCAUCACUGGUUAAAGAACUAAAUUCAGAGGGUGGAAGUGAGACUGACAGCAUUGUGGAUUCAGACUUCGGACGCAGUGACCUGUUUGCUGCAACUUCUUCUGAUCCUUUCUUCAAUUAUAAAACAAGAACUGCCAGCACUGCAGAUGAGGAGAGUUAUGAGAACAAUCUGGAGCAGCAGCUGGAAGACGAACUCAAGUUGGAGGAGCUAAUGAAGCACAGGCAGGAACCAGACAAAUCGUGCAUGGUAACGAUGCAGCAGUGAUCGUGUUUGUCCAGCCGGUGAGCAAUAUGAAAAGCAACAAUAGUAGAAGACACUGGACGUGACGACACUGGAACGACAAAAGCAACGAUGACAUGAAGAACUUGCUAAAUCCAACCAUAGAAAACAUUUAUGUAAAGAUAUAUUUUUUAACCAACCACAUAUUUAAGGUAAUACUGUGAGCUGAUGUAAAGAGAUUAAUUACUGAGCUGUCUAUUAUACCACAGGUGCCAUAAAAAUCACAUGAUUUGGGGAAUUAUUUUUUAAUUUUUAUCCUUUUUAUAUGAGUUGUCUAGCACAUGUACAACAAUACUGUUGGUACAGGUUGGCAAACCUGAUUACUUUUAAAUUCACAUGUUUUCUGAAUACUGUAAACCAGGUUUAAAUGUUUGUUUGUCAUCUGAAUUAUGAUAUAACCCUGAGAUUACACUGAAGGAAAAGUUAUAGAUUCAAUAUUUGCAAUAUUUUGUAACUGUAUAACUCUUGUCUGGUUAUUAUGAACAGAUUUUACCACUAUUCCAUAGAUUUCUUACUGUUGCUACUGAGUGGUUUUGUAUUGUUUUUGACUUUGGAGCUGGCCUACUGCUGUUGAUCAGACACGUUUCUUUUAUUUGAUACAUUAGUUAUAAGCACUCUGCCUUAGCUGGGUGGAUAAUCUCUCAAAAGAGCUCAUUCAAACUGUCAAUGCAGUAUGUAGCUAUUAGCAAAACACACCUGUUCUGCACCAAUGCUACUUUCCUUUACUGUACGAGUAAGACUAAACUUGGUUAAUCUGAUGAUGUGAUACUGUCAAGCAGGUGGAUUUGGUAAAAAAUUAUGGAUACUGUCAGCAUAUAAGAGGUCAACUAAAUUAAAGGUAUUGCUGACUUGGUUGAAGAUGAGUGUCUUGAGGUCAUACUGUGUGAAAUUUCUCAAAGUGCUCAAAUUAAAGAGUUUACAACCAGUGAGGGCAUUGAGAAAAUUGUGCUUAUUAUGGUUUAUAAAUUAUGGUUUGAUCAUAGAUUAUUUGCUGUUGUUUCAUUUGUUAGCAUCAGUAAUAUCACACAAAUGCCUGUGUGAUUUGCACACCAACAUACAGAAUACUCACACUCUUGAUGUAUUUUCUGAGUGUGCGCAAAACUUAACUCAGUCACUUUGGGGAAAGUGGCAAGCCAAUCUAAAAUCAUAAAUGUGUGAAAUAUAUCUAGUUUGAUUUUUGAGCAAGUUCAUAGCAGUGAUUUUGCAUGGUGGUGAUGCAUAAUAAAGUGUUGACACAAUAUCACAA